GCACUACAGCUCGAUCAGCUCACUCACUCAUCACUCGCCUCGGCUCACUUUGCUCGAGCACUUCCCUUCCUGAGCUUUUUUGCUAGCGAGGUGUUGUGUUGGUUAGAGAGAGACAGAGGCACAGAGCGGCAUGGCGGCUCAGGGAAGGGGCAGUGCUGCUCGUGGCAACACCGCCGCCGUGGUGGCGGUGGUCCUCCUCUGCGUGCUCCUCCACGGCGAGGUCGCAGAGUCGGCGGUGUACACGGUCGGCGACCGCGGCGGCUGGAGCUUCAACACCGCCAACUGGCCCAGGGGCAAGCGCUUCCGCGCCGGCGACGUGCUGGUGUUCAGGUACAGCCCGAAGGCGCACAACGUGGUGCCGGUGAGCGCGGCGGGCUACAGGUCGUGCAGCGCGCCGAGGGGCGUCAGGGCGCUCACCUCCGGCAACGACCGCGUCACGCUGAAGCGCGGCGUCAACUACUUCAUCUGCAGCUUCCAGGGCCACUGCCAGGCCGGGAUGAAGGUCGCCGUCACCGCCGCCUGAUCGAGGGUCUACGGUCGCAUCGCAAGCAUCGACCGCUUUUGCUUUAUUUCCUCUCCAAACUUAAUUAAUUAUGUGCUGCAACUAAUUAGACGGUGCCUGUUGUUGUUCAAUAAUAAUCCCGUGUCGUCCGUGUUGCGUACGUGCGUGUGUUAGUUGUUAGGUGUUGCCGUGUUGCAGAUUGGCACUGUAGAGAAGGGACAGAGGUCGGGUAAUGUACGUACGUACUGAUGUGUUUGUGUGAUGAUGUGAGGAGCAAUAAAAGCAUAUAUACAUACAGCCGCGUUUGUCUGCAA